AUGAGGAAUCUUCGCAAUGUUGGCUACAAGGUCAGCAAGGCUGCGGCUGAUAUCAGUGCGAUCUGCUGGGACGCAAGCAAGGACGAGACGUUGAUUACCUGCGGCCCUGCUGCUCCAGACCAGAAGAUUGAGCUCUUCAGAGUCGCUGAGGAUGUCACUCCAUCUUGGGAUGCGCCUAGUCCCAAUCCAGACUUGCCUGUCGACAGGAUAGUCAGUCUUCACUACUUCAGUGACUCGGCAACGACAUGUCUCGUGCUCGAGGGCGGUGACAUUGUCAUCGUUGAGGAAGGCCUGGGCUCGGAGGAUGUCCACAUCGAGAUCAUGGGCUCCAUCGAUGCAGGCAUCAGGGCUGCACAGUGGUCGCCGGAUGAGGAGCUCCUGGUCAUCGCCACCAAGGCAGACACCGUGGUCUUCAUGAGCCGCAGCUUCGAUGGCAUCGCCGAGGCCACCAUGACAGAGGCGGAUAUGUCGGCUUCCAAGCACGUCAGUGUCGGCUGGGGCAAGAAGGAGACCCAGUUCCAGGGCAAGGGCGCCAAGGCCAGAGCCCUGCGCGAUCCGACGAUACCAGAAAAGGUGGACGAGGGCAGGCCGAGUCCGAAUGACGACGGCCGCCUCAGUGUCAGCUGGCGAGGGGACGGUGCCUAUGUUGCCAUAAAUUCCACCGUAUCUGCAUCGCGACGGCUCAUACGUGUCUACACCCGUGAUGGCGCUCUCGAUGGUGUGAGCGAGCCGGUAGACGGCCUGGAGGGGUCCCUGAGCUGGAGGCCAGCUGGAAACCUGAUGGCCGGCAUCCAGCGGUUUGAUGAUCACGUCGACGUUGUCUUCUUCGAGAGGAAUGGGUUGAGACACGGCCAGUUCACGCUCCGCUCAACGGAAAACCUGCUUGAUCCUGAAAUGCAUAUCACUUUGGAGUGGAACUCGGACUCGACCGUCCUCGCUGUCUUGUUUGGAAAAACCGUCCAACUGUGGACAAUGGGCAAUUACCACUGGUACUUGAAGCAAGAAAUAUUGCUCAAGUCUCCUUGCUCAUAUGUGUCGUGGCAUCCAGAGAAGGCACUACGCCUUGCCAUGGCGUCCACAGGCAAUAUUUUUCACACUGAAUUCGUUUUCGCAGUGGCCAAGGGCUCAUUGAUGCCACCUCAUGACUUUGGCGCGGUCGCUGUGGUCGAUGGGACUUCCGUCAAGAUCACGCCGUUCCGUACUGCGAAUGUACCACCGCCCAUGUCCAUGUUUGAGAUCGAAUCCGGUCAUACCGUGAUAGAUAUUGCCUUUUCUCAGGACAACUCCGAGAUGGCAGUGCUACAUCUUGGCGGUGUUGAUGUCUACGGCUGGCAGACCAAAAAUGGCCGCUCAGUUGUGCCUCGCCUCUCCAAGAGGUAUGCCUUUGGCUCUGAUGGAGUCGAAGCGGUCCUCUUCCCACAGGCGACCUCCAUUGACAACAGUUCCGAACUGUUGAACCCGGGCGACAUGUGUGUUCAAAGCAAGUCUGGGAGGAUAUCUCGUCUCCCUGGCAAUGCCGAGGCCCUCGAGUCGUUGGCCACCGGCUUUCCUCUUCAAUUACCAUGGGUUGAGAUAACCCAUAUCGAUGAUGAGAUGGUUGCAUUUGGCAUGUCCAGAAGUGGCCAUCUCUAUGCAAACUCCCGGCUGUUGGUCAAGAACUGCACUUCUUUCCUUGUGACCUGCGACCACCUUAUAUUCACCACUAGCAAUCACUUCCUGAAAUUUGUUCAUCUUAAUAAGCCAGAAGAUCUUGAAUUGGCGCCUGACGACCCUGAGAAAGACGAGAGGUGUCGAAGCAUCGAGAGAGGCGCAAGACUCGUCACAGCCAUACCGACGACAAUGAGUGUAAUAUUGCAAAUGCCACGAGGCAACCUGGAGACCAUCUACCCCCGCGCCAUGGUUCUUGCCGGCAUACGACAGCUUGUCGACGAGAAGGAAUAUGGCAAGGCAUUUGCUCACUGCAGGACACAGCGAGUUGACAUGAACAUACUAUACGACCACAACCCGGAGCAAUUCCUAUCCAACGUUGGAUUGUUCCUAGAUCAACUCAAGGAUGUGACAUAUAUUGAUCUGUUCUUGGCCUCCUUGAGCGAGGACGAUGUCACAGAGACCAUGUACACGGACACGAAGAAGACGAAGACCACGGCGGGCUUUAUUCCGUCCGCGCAAGACACGCCCGCAACCACGGUGAAUGGGGAAAGUACAUCGAAAGUCAACGCUAUAUGCGACUCCAUCUUGAAGACCUUGCAAGCACGGCGGGACACAAAUCUGCAGAACAUCAUCACUGCAAACGUGUGCAAGAAUCCUCCUGCCCUCGAGGACGGUCUGCUGGUGGUUGCACAGCUAAUGCAAGAGGAUGAAAGCAUGGCAGAGAAGGCGGUUGAGCACAUCUGCUUCUUGCAAGAUGUCAACAGACUCUAUGAUCAUGCUCUUGGCCUUUAUCAUCUAGACCUCGCACUGCUGGUCGCUCAGCAGUCGCAACGUGAUCCUCGCGAGUAUCUGCCAUUCAUUCAAGACCUCCACCAGAAAUCUGAUGCACGGCGCAAGUUCGCGAUCGACGACCAUCUGAGCAGGCGUGACAAGGCGCUUCAGCAUCUGCACGCUCUCAAUGCCUUUGAUGAAGUCAAGGCCUAUACCACGAGAUAUAAUCUAUACCAGACCGCGCUUCGUCUCUAUCGUUAUGAGACCGAGCGGCAUAGAGACCUCACGGAUCUAUACGCCGCGCAUCUUGAAUCCCAGUCAAAGUACCGCGAAGCUGGCCUAGCCUACGAAUCCCUCAACAACUUCGCUCGAGCCACAGCCUGCUACCGCGCAGCCGGCGCAAGCUGCUGGCGUGAGUGUCUUUUCACUGCACAACAGCAGGAGCCGCCACUAUCUACCGAUGCCAUGGCCGACCUCGCCGCCGCCCUAGCCGACGCAUUGUGGGAGGCUAAAGAGUACGCUUCUGCAGCAACUGUUUAUCUCGAGUACCUUGACAAGCUCGACGACGCAGUCCGCUGUCUAUGUAAGGGCUAUCACUUCGCUGACGCGAUGCGCCUCGUCGUGAGCCGCAGCCGCGCUGAUCUUCUGGCCUCGGCCGUCGACACAGGGCUGGCAGAUGCGCUGUCCAGCUCGACCGAGUUCCUAGCCGACUGCAAGGCCCAACUCCGCGCGCAGGUGCCCCGCAUCGCCGAGCUGCGGCGCAAGGCCAUCGAGGACCCGCUCGCGUUCUACGAGGGCGAACGACCCUCGGCGCUGGCAGACCUGCCAGAUGAUGUCUCCGUCGCCAGCUCGCGGGUGAGCACCAGCGCGUCGCUCUUCACACGGUACACCGGUAAAGCCGGGUCCGUCGGGACGGUGGGCUCUAAUGUGAGCCGCGCGACGAGCAAGAACCGCAAGCGAGAGGAGAAGAAGCGCGCCCGCGGCAGGAAGGGUACGGUGUACGAGGCAGAGUACUUGGUCAACAGCGUGCGCAGGCUGGUCGAGAGGGUGGAGGCCAGCAAGGGCGAGGUCGAGAGGCUCGUCUUCGGGCUCAUGAGGAGAGGGAUGGCGGAGCGGGCGAGGGCGAUCGAGGCGCUGAUGGAUGAGAUUGUCGAGGCCUGCCGUGCUGCUGUGAGGGAGGGAGAAGGGUAUAGGCCGAAGGGCCCUGAUGCGGUGCUCCAGGCCUCUUUGGACGCCGUCAAUGCUCGACAGGUAGCUCCUGUCAUUACGGCGUUUUCAAAACUGUCUCUACUAGGAUAGAAGGACAAGGAGUAAGGGGAAAGAAAAACAAAGGAAGAACAAAGAAGACCUGGUCGUCAUGGCCAUGCGGAUGCAUUUGAUCUAUUCCCCCAAAGAUGUACAGCAGAUUUAUAUCUCUAUGUAAAUUUAAGAUGGCGGUGGCGCCGUACUUUCCGGCGG